GCACUCGUCAUGGAGGCCUUCGUCGAGUACAAUACGCACAAGUCUUCGCCGCCGCCGCCGCCGCCGACGCGCAAGGAGAAGUGCAUCGAUAUGGUGAAAACACCUGGCAACAUUCUCGUCCUGCUCAUCAUCAUCUCGGUCGGCGCCGGAGUCGGAUUCGGAAUCGGACUGAACGGCACGAUCACGACGAAGCGCAACAUCAUGUACGUCGGCUUCGCCGGCGACCUCUUUCUGCGCACGCUCAAGGCGCUCAUACUGCCGCUCAUCGUCACGUCGCUCGUGACGGGCCUCAGCGCGCUCGACUCGAAGCUCUCCGGCAGGAUCGGCAGCGCGACGGUCAUCUACUACCUGACGACGACAAUUCUCGCCGUGUUUCUCGGCAUCGGACUCGUGUAUCUGAUGGAGCCAGGUGUCAAUGCGGACACGGGCGACGUGCCGCGCACGGAGGAAGGCGUUCCGACGACGGUCACCGAUACCUUCCUUGACCUGCUACGAUUGAUGUUUCCUGCGAAUCUGGUAACAGCAUGUUUUAUUCAGGAAGUAACCAGGUUAAUAGAGCCGAAUAUCACAGAAAACACCACAAUAGCACCAGAAGUAACCACAGACAUGCCUGAUACUACAUACGAAGAGGAAUUAUACUCCUGGGACUUCGAGAUAGUGCCAAAGGCAGGAAUGAAUAUCUUGGGCAUUGUCGUGUAUUCCAUAAUAUUUGGAGUCAUACUGGCCAGACUACCUGCGGAAAAAUCGCGACCUCUGGUAGACGCACUGGAAGCACUCAAUGAAGCCGUAAUGAAGCUCGUCCACUAUGUCAUGUGGCGUCUCGCGAUCGGCAUCAUGUCGCUGACCUCGCCGCAAAGCUGCUGGAGACGGAGGACUUCGAGGAGAUGUUCGCAUUUACUCGGCAUGUACAUGGCCACCGUGCGUGACGGGGUCGCCAUACACGGCAUCGUCGUGCUGCCCUCAUCUACUUCCGCGCUCGUCACUGCGGUCGCGAACCUCUCCAGCUCGGCGACGCUGCCGAUAACGGUGGCCAACUUGGAGGAGAACAAUGGUAUCGACCCGCGCGUCGUCAAGUUCGUGCUGCCGCUCGGCGCCACAAUCAACAUGGACGGCACGGCGCUGUACGAGGCCGUCGCCGUGCUCUUCAUCGCACAGGUGAACGGCGUGACACUCAACUUCGGCACGCUGAUCGCUCUCAGCAUCCUUGCUACGGCAGCUAGCAUCGGCGCCGGCAUUCCUCAGGCUGUCGUCACCAUGUACAUGGUGCUCACCGCCGUCGGCCGCCUCGAUGACAUCUCACUCAUCCUAUCCGUCGACUGA